GGACAUCCCGCAAGGUUUUCUCGAAUCCCCCCUCCGGACAGCCAUUAUUCCCGGAUGCUAAGCAGGGAAAAGAAACGUGAGGGAUAACUCUCGAGAAGGGAAGCGAGGUGGUGUCAGCAGGAUAUGGCCCAAAUGAGCAAUGGAGGAAGUCCUCCAGACAGACUCGCAUUCUGCACGUUUGGCAUGUUCAUCAUUGACAGGAUCGAAUACCUCAACAACGCCCAAGCGCCGCAGGAGAGAAUCAUCGGCGGCGCUGGCACAUACGCGGCGCUGGGCGCGCGACUGGCCGCCGGCCGCCGCCACGCCGCCCAUGUGAGCUGGAUCGUGGACAUGGGCGCCGACUUCCCGGCCGAGUUCAGGGGGUUGAUCGAGGCGUGGCGCACGAGCUGCGUGUUCCGCCUCGACGGCGGCCGGAUGACGACGACGGCGUGGAACGGGUACGGCCCCAACGAGCUGCGCGCGUUCAAGUACCUCACCCCCAAGCGCCGGCUGGACGAAACCUCCCUGUCGGACGAGCAGGUGCUGGCGCGCGCGUUCCACAUGGUCUGCUCGCCCGCGCGGUGCAUGGCGCUCGUGCGCGGCGUCUUGGAGCGGCGGGUGAGACUGCUCCCGGGCCGAGGUCCCGCCACGCACGCAGAAGAGGAGGACCGGCCGAUCUUCGUCUGGGAGCCCAUCCCGGACCUGUGCACGCCCGAGGAGCUGGCGCGGCUGCGUGAGGCGGCGGCGUGCGUGGACGUGGUGAGCCCCAACGCCGACGAGUUCGAGUCGUUCUUCCACGAAAUGCCCGGGUUCUCGUCGCGGGAACGCAUGGUCGAGAACCUGCUAGGGCUGGACGGGCGAGAUGGUGGACGGCAGAAGAAGCCCCUGAGGACGGCGCUGGUGGUCCGAGAAGGCGCCCACGGGUGUACCACGUACGUCGGGCGGACUCGAGGGUUUCACCUCCCGGCGUACCAUCAAAGCAAAGAAAAGGUCGUGGACCCUACAGGCGGGGGGAAUACGUUCUUGGGAGCGCUGGCCAUGGGCAUGGCCGGCACCACAACACCGGAUGAGGCCGUUCUUCAAGAGCUACGCCUCCCCGGGGAGUCCGCCUUGCGCGAGAAAGGGCUUUUGCUCGGCCUGCUCCACGCGACGGUCGCCGCGGGAUACGCAAUCGAGCAGACGGGCAUGCCUACGGUGUCGGCGGAAGAUGGCGACUGCUGGAACGGAGAAGCAUAUCCGGAGCGGUUUCGCAAGUACAUACGAAGAGAGAGGGCCCAUAUAGCUGUUCAACUCUCAGGCUCAUGCGGCUAGACCUCGACAGUGCAAAUUUUCACGCGGCCCGUUUCUGAAGUCUCGUGUGCAUCAGUGCUUUGUCAGUCAAGACCUUGAAC